AGAGGGAUUUCCUGUUUUAACUUGCAACGCGCUGCCAACACCGUCACCACAAACUGCAUCUCAACAGCACAGCUGUCUCGGUUGCGGACAACAUUGAAGCGGUAGGUCUCUUUCUUGUUUGAUUUAACAAUUACUCUGCUUAAAAAAGAGGCAAUGAGUCAGCUGUCUAUUGUGAAGGAUCAGAUGCUGAGCCAGGGCAUCAACCACUUUGUCGUCCUAUCCUCCUCCGGUCAAGUAGUGGAAUACAGCGGCGACUUUGAAAACAAAGAGAAACAGGUGCUGGCCUACGCCAUCAUUCAGCAGUGCUCCGCGCUCACAGUGCCCGGUGAAGCGAUGAAGCGCACGACGAUGAAGUUCGAGGACAUCCUUUACGUUGCCACCACCGUGGAGGAUGACAAGAUGGUGUACGGCGUGGUGGCGAAGCGACCGUUGACGAAUGCAACCAUGUGA